AUGGCCCACUUGGAGCACAACAAUCAAAGUCAAUGUUCAAUUAAGCAACACCAACAUCAUAACCAUUUAGAGUUUGAGAAUAGUCUGAGAAUAAUACAUCCCAAGAACUCUAAUCGUUCGCUUUACCGAGUAUAUCUGUUAUAUAUGUGCACCAGCUAUCCUGAGGGAAACUUCGGAGGAAACCAGCUACCAGAUGGUUCGAUUAGUCUUGCGCCCCUAUACCAAAAUCAGACGAUCGAUUUGCACGUCAGAACCGCUUUCGGACUUCCACCAGAGUUUCCUCUGGCUUCGUCCUGUUCAGGCAUAGUUCACCAUCUUUCGGGUCUCAUAGCAUACGCUCAACCUCCGCAACAAGACAAGUCUUCGAAACGGGGCAACGUUGCUUGGGCCGCACGAAUGCCGCACCCAUUCACGUUAAAACUAGUAAAGUCUCACUUUCAUUUCGCCUUUAGAUUUUCGAAUCCAAUGACUCGCGCAUACCAUAAACUCCUUGGUCCGUGUUUCAAGACGGGUCGAAUGGGUCACCGACUAUACACCGAGAAGAACAUAGAGCAAACCACCACGCCGAUAGGCCCGAGAAGCGCCGCACACAUGUGUACAACACGAACCGAACACAUCGACGCAACGAUAUGCGAAAAACCCAUGUCUCUACGAAGCUGCGCAGCGUCAACCAAACUCGACAAGCCCAGGGUUCCGGAGCCCGAAGGCCCGGUCCUCUAA